AUGGGGAGAGGGAGGGCUGUGGACCAAGAAGGCGGAGAGGGAGAGAAGGGGGCAGACAGAGAUGGAGAAGAGGGAGCGGCCAUCCGCGCCGCGCGCACCGCCUGCUUCGUGGAGCCGGCAUCCGACGUGGUGGCGGUACUGGACAGCGUGGUGCAGGGCACCGGGCCAGCCUGCGACAGCAAGCGCAACAUCCAGCUGCAGCCAGAGCAGCUGGACUGUGGAGCCGCCCACCUGCAGCACCCGCUGUCCAUCCUGCAGCCCCUGAAGGCGACGCCCGUGUUCCGAGCCCCAGGCCUCUCCUCCGUGGCCGUGGCCAGUGUCAGCAACUACACGGUGGUCUUCCUGGGCACAGCCAGUGGGCGGCUGCUCAAGAUCAACCUGAAUGAGAGCAUGCAGGUGGUCAGCCGGCGGGUGGUGACGGUGGCCUAUGGGGAGCCGGUGCACCACGUCAUGCAGUUUGACCCAGCAGACCCUGGCUACCUUUACCUGAUGACGUCCCACCAGAUGGUUAGGGUGAAAGUCGCUGCGUGUGCCGUGCACACCACCUGUGGGGACUGCGUGGGUGCGGCCGAUGCCUACUGCGGCUGGUGUGCCCUGGAGACACGGUGCACCCUGCAGCAGGACUGCGCCAACUCCAGCCAGCAGCACUUCUGGACCAGCGCCAGCGAGGGCCCUGGCCGCUGUCCCGCCAUGACAGUCCUGCCUGCCGAGAUUGAUGUGCGCCAGGAGUACCCAGGCAUGAUCCUCCAGAUCUCUGGCAGCCUGCCCGGCCUCAGUGGCAUGGAGAUGGCCUGUGACUACGGCAACAAUAUCCGUACUGUGGCCCGGGUCCCAGGCCCUGCCUUCGGCCACCAGAUCGCCUACUGCAACCUCUUACCCAAGGACCAGUUCCCGCCCUUCCCGCCACACCAAGACCAUGUGACCGUGGAGAUGUCUGUGAGGGUCAACGGGCGGAACAUCGUCAGGGCCAAUUUCACCAUCUAUGACUGCAGCCGCAUCGGACAAGUGUACCCCCACACGGCCUGCACCAGCUGCCUGUCCACACAGUGGCCCUGUUUCUGGUGCACCCAGCAGCACACCUGUGUCUCCAACCAGUCUCGGUGCGAGGCCUCACCAAACCCUACGAGCCCUCAGGACUGCCCCCAGAUCCUGCCUUCACCCCUGGUACCCAUGCCCACAGGCAGCUCCCAGACCAUCCCGGUGCGUCUGGCUAACGCUGCCUUCUUCCAGAGCGCAGCCCUUGAAUGUAAUUUUGGGCAGGAGGACAUCUUUGAGGCCGUGUGGGUGAAUGAAUCAGCUGUGCUCUGUAACCAAGUGGUGCUGCACACGACCCAGAAGAGCCAGGUGUUUCCACUCAGCCUCCAACUAAAGGGACGGCCAGCUCGGUUCCUGGACAGCCCUGACCCCAUGACAGUGGAGGUCUAUAACUGCGCCAUGGGCAGCCCUGACUGUUCUCAGUGCCUGGGCCGGGAGGACCUAGGCCACCUGUGUUGCAAGGAUGGGGAGCGCACACAUCCUGGGGUGCAAUUGCGGACAUUGUUCAAGGGAGAAUGCCUGAUAGGCCCCCAUGACCCGCUAGCUGCUCUCCUGACCACAGCUGCCUCCCCCAGGAUUGUGUGUGUCACAGGGCCAGCCCCAGGGGCGUUCUCAGAUGUGGUGACAGUGAACGUCUCCAAGGAGGGCAAGUCACGGGAGCGCUUCUCCUAUGUGCUGCCCCUGGUCCACUCCCUGGAGCCUGCCAUGGGCCCCAAGGCGGGGGGCACCCGGAUUACCAUCCACGGGAGCUCAUGUAAGUCCCUUGGCCCCAGCUGCCCCCUCCGGCCCAUAGAAACCAUGGGGCUGGGGGGCCGGAGGGGUGGGGGUGCUACCCUGGGAUCAAGCAUCACCCCUUGGCCAAGCCCUUUCCCCUCUGAGCCUCAGCUUCCUCAUCUGAGCUCGCUGCCCUCCCACAGGCGCACAGAAACUAGCAUCGCCUGCACAGUGCCUGGGGGCACCCUGCCAGCCCCUGUGCCCGUGUGUGUGCGCUUCGAGCACCGAGGUUGUGUGCGUGGGAACCUCACCUUCUGGUACAUGCGGAACCCGGUCAUCAUAGCCAUCAGUCCCCGCCGCAGCCCCGUCAGCGGUGGCAGGACCAUCACAGUGGCUGGUGAGCGUUUCCAUAUGGUGCAGAACGUGUCCAUGGCUGUGCACCACAUCGGCCGACAGCCCACACUCUGCAAGGUUCUCAAUUCCACCCUCAUCACCUGCCCUUCCCCGGGGGCCCUGAGCAACGCAUCGGCACCAGUGGAUUUCUUCAUCAACGGGCGGGCCUACACCGACGAGGUGGCAGUGGCCGAGGAGCUGCUGGACUCCGAGGAGGCCCAGCGGGGCAGCAGGUUCCGCCUGGACUACCUCCCUGACCCUCAGUUCUCCACGGCCAAGAGGGAGAAGUGGAUCAAACACCACCCUGGGGAGCCCCUCACCCUAGUCAUCCAUAAAGAGCAGGACAGCCUGGGGCUGGAGAGCCAUGAGUACCGGGUCAAGAUCGGCCAAGUGGCCUGCGACAUCCAGAUCGUCUCGGAGAGAGUCAUCCACUGCUCGGUCAACGAGUCCCUGGGCACAGCCGAGGGGCAGCUGCCCAUCACGGUCCAGGUAGGAAACUUCAACCAGACCAUUGCCACGCUACAGCUGGGCGGCAGUGAGACCGCCAUCAUCGUGUCCAUCGUCAUCUGCAGCGUCCUGCUGCUGCUCUCUGUGGUUGCCCUGUUUGUCUUCUGCACCAAGAGCCGCCGCGCUGAGCGCUACUGGCAGAAGACCCUGCUGCAGAUGGAGGAGAUGGAGUCUCAGAUCCGAGAGGAAAUCCGCAAAGGCUUUGCCGAGCUGCAGACGGACAUGACGGAUCUGACCAAGGAGCUCAACCGCAGCCAGGGCAUCCCGUUCCUGGAGUACAAGCACUUUGUGACCCGCACUUUCUUCCCUAAGUGUUCCUCCCUCUAUGAAGAGCGUUACAUACUGCCCUCCCAGACCCUCAACUCCCAGGGCAGCUCCCCGGUGCAAGAGACACACCCGCUGCUGGGAGAGUGGAAGAUCCCCGAGAGCUGCCGGCCCAACAUGGAAGAGGGGAUCAGCCUGUUCUCCUCGCUGCUCAACAACAAGCACUUCCUCAUCGUCUUUGUCCAUGCCCUGGAGCAGCAGAAGGACUUCGCAGUGCGGGACAGGUGCAGCCUGGCCUCCCUGCUGACCAUCGCGCUGCAUGGCAAGCUCGAGUACUACACCAGCAUCAUGAAGGAGCUGCUGGUGGACCUCAUCGACGCCUCCGCCGCCAAGAACCCCAAACUCAUGCUGCGGCGCACGGAGUCCGUGGUGGAGAAGAUGCUCACCAACUGGAUGUCCAUCUGCAUGUACAGCUGUCUGAGGGAGACGGUCGGAGAGCCGUUCUUCCUGCUCCUGUGCGCCAUCAAGCAGCAGAUCAACAAGGGCUCCAUUGAUGCCAUCACAGGCAAGGCCCGCUACACGCUCAAUGAGGAGUGGCUGCUACGGGAGAACAUUGAGGCCAAGCCCCGGAACCUGAACGUGUCCUUCCAGGGCUGCGGCAUGGACUCGCUGAGCGUGCGGGCCAUGGACACCGACACGCUGACGCAGGUGAAGGAGAAGAUCCUGGAGGCCUUCUGCAAGAACGUGCCCUACUCCCAGUGGCCUCGCGCAGAGGACGUCGACCUCGAGUGGUUCGCCUCGAGCACGCAGAGCUACAUCCUCCGGGACCUGGACGACACCUCAGUGGUGGAGGAUGGCCGCAAGAAGCUCAACACGCUGGCCCACUACAAGAUCCCCGAAGGUGCCUCGCUGGCCAUGAGCCUCACAGACAAGAAGGACAACACGCUGGGCCGAGUGAAAGACUUGGACACCGAGAAGUAUUUCCAUUUGGUGCUGCCCACAGACGAGCUGGCAGAGCCCAAGAAGUCCCACCGGCAGAGCCACCGCAAGAAGGUGCUGCCAGAGAUCUACCUGACCCGCCUGCUGUCUACCAAGGGCACACUACAGAAGUUUCUGGAUGACCUGUUCAAGGCCAUUCUGAGCAUUCGUGAGGACAAGCCCCCUCUGGCCGUCAAGUACUUCUUCGACUUCUUGGAGGAGCAGGCUGAGAAGAGGGGAAUCUCAGAUCCUGACACCCUGCACAUCUGGAAAACCAACAGCCUUCCUCUCCGGUUCUGGGUGAACAUCCUGAAAAACCCGCAGUUUGUCUUCGACAUCGACAAGACGGACCAUAUCGACGCCUGCCUCUCGGUCAUCGCACAGGCCUUCAUUGACGCCUGCUCCAUCUCUGACCUUCAGCUGGGCAAGGAUUCACCCACCAACAAGCUCCUCUACGCCAAGGAGAUCCCCGAGUACCGCAAAAUCGUGCAGCGCUACUACAAGCAGAUCCACGACAUGACGCCGCUCAGCGAGCAGGAGAUGAACGCCCACCUGGCCGAGGAGUCGCGGAAGUACCAGAACGAGUUCAACACCAACGUGGCCAUGGCCGAGAUUUAUAAAUACGCCAAGAGGUACCGACCGCAGAUCAUGACAGCCCUGGAGGCAAACCCCACCGCCCGGCGGACCCAGCUGCAGCACAAGUUUGAGCAGGUGGUGGCUCUGAUGGAGGACAACAUCUACGAGUGCUACAGCGAGGCCUGAGCCCCCGCCGGAGACCGUGUGGGAAGGGACCAGGCACCGGCCCGUGACCUCCUUGGGUCCCCAGUGCCUCUGACUCCGGCUGGGCCAUGACUGAGCAGAGUCACUGGAGAGGGGGAAUGAGGAGCCCCCCCGCCCUGGCCCCUGGGGCACCUCUGUCCCCUCCUACUUGUCCCCAGGCCCAGCCUCUGGGAUGGGGACUUGGAUGACACAGCCCGUCUCUGGUAAGGUUCCCACACCCAACAGCACAGCCUGGACGGUGCCCCGCACGCUGUCACAGCCAGCUGCUAAGAGCCCCGCCCAACUCGGUCCCGCACACGAACAGACAAACACGAGAGACCGCCUGGCCCAGAGGCCGCAGCCAGAAACACUACCUCAGCCUUUCUGACGGAGGGGAGGCCGCCUCGAACCAGCCCGUGAUUGGUUCCCGAUUUAACCACCAAAGCGUUGUCCAGUCUCCCCUCACCCAGAGAGGACCCUGGCCACACAGUUGCAAGCAGUGUCAGAUUUUCGUUGCUUAAGUGGCUACUGGUGGCGUGGGCAGCGCCCACCGCCCGUGGGGAGGCUCCUGGGGCUUUCCCUGAGCCAGGAGGGCGGGAGCCAAGGGGACUGGUGCUGGGCGAUCGGGUCUGGGGCAGAGGGGCUAAGUUGCACCAAGGAUGUAGCUGGGCUACUUGAUCUUGCUGGGAGUAUUUCUAAAGAUAGCACCACUUUGUUUUUUUAAGAAAGCUUUUCUAUAUUAAACUUAUAUGCACCAACUGUGAACAGCUGCCGCUUGUGCAGAAGACCUGGGAGGGCACCGAGGGGCUCCCAACGCAACACUGGAAAUGACUGUUCCAGAGGAUGGGCAGCUCUGGCACAGACACCCCUCCCCCCGCCCCCCUGAGAAAAAUCACGCCUUCUGUUCCCGUUGCAAGUGGCCCUCUGGCUGACCCCCCGCAGCAGACACAGCCAGCCCAGGGCCUGGCCCGGGGGGGUGGUGACCAGGACGCUCUAAAUGGAACCUUCUUUAUAAUAAAAGCCUGAUGGGAAGACCUGCUGUGGGCUCCAGCCUUUAUCCUGAGAUGGCCGAGGAGGGAAAGCAGAGCCUGUGGCGAGAGGCAGGGGCCCUGGCUCAGACCGGCCUCAGCCUGCGGAGGCGGCUGACGGUGACGGGGCAGUGUGGCUGCCUGCUUGCCAGGGGCCUGGCCCGGAUGGUCCCUAGGCUCUGAGGGCACCACGGGACCUGCAGGAAGAUGUCACGGCUGCUGUGUGCCACCCACCCCUGGUGGGCCCUGCUCCUAACUCACCUUUAGUUAACAGAUCCCCGAGGAAUGGAACAGUGUCCUCGUGUUACAGGUGCAGAAACAGUGCAGAGGAGGGAGUCCCCCAGGUCGCAGCCAGGGAGCGGCGAGGUGGGGGCACAAGCCAGGGCCCUGGGCCCUCGUUCCUCAGUGCCAGGCUCGGCCAGACCAGCCUCCACAGCAGCCUCCGAAUGUGGGGGGUGGUCUGCACUGGAAAAAGCCGACAGUUACACACGCACCCCAAGUUUUUCAUCGCUCUUUAAAAAAAUGUAUCACUGACCCCAUUUUUCAGAUGAGGAAACAGUUUCGCCCAGGCCAGCAGGGCAGGCUGUUCCUCACCGUGGCCCAUGAGGACGGUGAACCUGACUGGAGGCCAGCAAAUACCCAGAAACCCCCAGCCCACCCCGCUGACCUCCUGGAGAGGUCACUAGAAAGCAAAGCCACCUCCUAGUUAGAAGCAACUCAGGUUAUAUUUUUUCCCUUUACGAAAAAAGAAAAUAAGCACACACAUUUAUCAAAGGUAAGAAGUAGGACAGAAAAAUUCAUACCAUUUAAACAAAAAUCCUACAAAUGCCAGUUUUUAAAUUAAUGAGAACAGGAAAGUGAAAAGAGAAAAGUAAACAAUCUUUAGCUUUAAAAAUAGCCUUUUCCUCUGGUAGCUUCUGGGUAGAGAGAUUUGUUAUCUUUUCAAAUUUUCUAUUCUGAGCACUGAUUCCUGCUUAUUAAGCAGCAGAUUGCUAAUUUAAGUUAUUGACACAUUUGAUAGAAAAAAAAUUCUCUGGGUGUGAUGCUAGAAUUAAAUACACUUCCUACAGAAACAUCAGGAAGAAAAAAAAGAAGAAAAAAAUAAAAGCUACCCCCACCCACCCACGGUUAAUAUCUCAGAAUGCCAAAUCACGUACUUGCCUGGGUUGGGGGCACAGGAGUAAAAAUCGGGACCAGGGUAUACGCACCAUUUUGAAACCUGUAUUUUCCCCAUGCAACAAUAUGUCAGUAACAUCUUUCUAUGUCAUUAAAUAUUCCACAGCCUGUUUUAAUGCCUAA